AUGGCAUUUUUAAAAGAAGACUCAGCGUUUACACACGUUAUAGCAAUUGACUUUGGAACAGGUGCUUCAGGAUAUGGUAUUGCUCCUAGGAUAGUUGAACCAGGAUAAAAGCCGAGAAUUGAAGUUUUCAAUCCAUGCGAUGACUCUGAUGAUCAAAAGACUUCAACUGCAAUUCUCUUUGAUGACAAUGGAAAUUUCAUUGCUUUUGGUCAACAUGCUCUUUAGAGAUAUGCAGAGAUGCUAGAUGACGAGGAAACAGCAAUGCUAUUCCAAACAUAUAAGAUGCAUCUUCUUCAUAUGGACCACAAUGCUAAGUCAGUUGACAACAGAGACCUCCCUCUUAUGAGAGUGAUAGCAGAAAGUUUGAGAUACAUCUCUGAAAAGGCUUUGGAGAAGUUAUAGGAGUAGGUUGGUAAAGUUGUAAGCACCAAAAUCAGAUGGGUACUUACUGUUCCUGCCUUAUGGAGUGAAGAGCAUAAACACUUUAUGAGAAAAGCAGCCAUUUAAGCAGGAAUUAUUGAAGACCUUAAUGCUCCAAAUCUUUUGUUAUGUCUAGAGCCAGAGGGUGCUAGUAUUUAAUGCAGAGAAGAUAGCGAAGAUUCACUGAAAAAUCAGAUGAUUAAAGGAACCACAGUUAUGGUAUUAGAUUGUGGUGGUGGCACAGUUGAUAUCACUAUUCAUAAAUUAACAAGCAACCCUGAUGAAAAGUUUUUAUGCGAAGAACUACUUCCAUCUAGUGGUGGAUGCGAAUGGGGAAGUAAGUAUGUUGAUCUCUACUUCGAACAGUUCCUAGCUGACUUCUUUGGCGAGGAACUUUACGCAGUAUAUAGACAAAAUGCUAUGGCCAGACUUGAUAUUCUGAAGCAUUUUGAGAUGUUAAAGAGAAAAUUUAACCCAGGAGUUGAAGAGCGAUCUAGACUCUAAUUAAGUUAUUUGGGUGAAGAACUAUCAGCCACUAGACUUGGGGAAUUAGUCAAAGAACAUAAUAAAAAAUUCGAUGCAUAGCUACAUAUAAAGUAGAGAGGUGCGAGUUCAAUAGACCUCCCUGCUCCUCUUAUGAAUUCCUUCUUCAAGCCUCUUUUCGAUAAUAUUAAAUCAAAGGUAAAGCAAUUGAUUGAGUAAGCAGAAUAAAAGGUCUCCCCAGUAAACUUCAUUUUCAUGGUUGGUGGUUUCUCUGAAAGCCCUUUCCUCAAAUCAGAAAUUAAAAAGAACUUUGAGGAAGGAUUUAAUAUCAAUGUACUUGUACCAAGAAGGCCACAGGUCUCAGUUAUUAGAGGAGCUUGCAUGUUUGGUCUAAAUCCCAGAUCAAUCACAUCAAGAAUAUCAAAGAUGACUUACGGUAUCAAUACUUUGACCACCUUUGACCCAACUCGCCAUCCAGAGGAGAAGAAAGUAGUCAUAGAAGGCGAAGACUUCUGUGAGGAUGUCUUCGACGCUUUCGUCAGGAAAGGCGAAGCAGUAGGAAUAGAUGAAGUGCAUGUGAAAACCUAUUGUCCUGUUAGAGCCAGAUAGACAGUAAUGAGGAUUAUAUUCUAUUGCACAGCUGAGGAGAACGCAAAUUUUGUUGAUGAUGAUACCGUGAAGCAACUUGGAGAGCUCUCAAUAGAUAUAGGCAGACCAUUCCAGAGUGUUGACGAUAAGACCGUUAAAGUAACUCUGCUGUUUGGUGCUACUCAUAUUUAUGCCACAGCCACUAACAGAGAAGGUACAGAAAUUAGAAACUGUGAGUUUAAAUUUGAGUGCGCAGGUGCUAACUGA